CCGGCCUGGUCCUGACUGGAUAUUAAGAAAAAAAAACUUGUCAGCGUUAGUUCUUGAUUCAACACACAGAAUGACAUUGAACCUCUGCCUCCCACACUUCAGCCCAAGGAUUCAGUGCAAUAAGGUCUGCGCUGACGGCUAUGAAGUGAGCAAUCUGAUCUCUGCGGACCCUGCAAAAAGAAAAUGUGGAUUCCGUGCUGAAUACUUCAUCAAACCUCCUCUACAUGUUACCAUUUCAUUCCCGUUUAAUGUGGAACUGUGUAAGAUUGACAUAGAUGUCUCAGCUAGCUUGCAAAACUCUAUGGGAUUGGACAUUUAUACAUGUACCACAUGUAGUAAGAAGAUGACAUGGAAUGAAGUUUCCACACAAGACUCUCAGCUGGCAGACCAGACCUUUUCGGACAAUGAUGUUUUCACAUUGGUCGGGAAGGCCACACUGAAAAACCAAAAUAAAAUAUCCUUCAGGCACAAAGCCUUUAAGCCCAGGGCUCCCUUUAACGAGUUUAAUGACCAAUCUACUGUUGCUGACGGUACUUUUGUGCAAGAUUUGUGGAAUAAGGGACAGUUUUCACUGACAAAUAUAAAUCACCUCAGGAUCUGCAUUACUUACGUGUCAGGUGGCAGUUUGCCCUGCUUAAGGAGGUUGGACAUCUGGGGCCAACCAUCUAGGUCAUCCCCUCGUAAAGUUAUAGAAAGCGCCUUCAGAGUUUAUCAGAAAUACAAGGCCGGACAAUCGAUUCCAAUAGUCAAGCAGGAAAAUGUUACUGUUGCACCAUCAAGCCAUACACAGAGCCUACAGCCGGUUGUUAGCGGACCUCCGAUGACUAACGGGAAUAUUCCAGAAGAAUUUCUAGAUCCUAUCACUUCUGAGAUCAUGGUCCUUCCUAUGUUGCUUCCCUGUGGUAAAGUGAUUGAUCAGAGUACUCUGGAUAAAUACAGUCGGUGCGAAGCCACAUGGGGCAGAGUCCCAAAUGAUCCCUUCACAAGUGUCCCCUUCAGCCGGCAUUCCAAACCAGUCCCUUACUCAACGCUUAAAACAAGGCUAGACUAUUUCCUGCUGCAUAACACAAUACCAGAUCGCGCCUUUGUGGGGAGAACUCGCGUUGGAUUUGUUGCCUCGUCUGCAGUGAAGAGAAAAUCGGACUCCACACAAGAUAUAAUCAUGAAUCCUGUCUCGGAAGGAAUAAGUGCUGGCACUAGUGGAAACUCUACUGUUGUGUCAGAUUGUGGUGAAAAGAGAUUCAAGGCAGAAGUGAAAGAACUGCAAGAGCCUGGGCAAGAUUUGGGUAUGGUUUCCCAUGAGCAACGGUUAUCACAAAGUCUGGACAGUGCCUUGGCUUCUGCCUUAAGUACAUUUCCGUCGUUCACUGCCAGGCAAAGACAAGACAAACAACAGCCAGAAGUUGGAAGCAUCUCUGACUAUAUGCAAGAGCGGCAUCUAGCCAGUUCUGAUGAAGCAUGCAGCUCCUGCAACAAGACACUCUCUGCAUACUUCGAGAACAUGGUUGUGUACAGAAUGCUGUGUGGGCACCUGAUCUGCAGGCCCUGUUUAUCAGAGAGGCAGAAAUCUUCUUCACUCUCCUGUUUGAAAUGCAACAGGAUAAUCUGUACUAGUGAAGUGGUGCGGGUUCAUCUUUAGAGUCCUGACACUUGAAGCCGCUCUAAAUGCAUUGAGCAAAAACUUUAAAUGCUGCUGGUUUAACAAAUAACUUAAUCUGCAUUCCGCUGGAGCUGGCAAAAUGAAAGAGCAGGAAACGGCAUUUAAAUAUAAAUCUUUCUCAUAUUUGAAAUGGAUUAUUUAUAAUGUUAAUGUAUUGUAGCAGAUUUCAAUUGCAGUGUUGACUGGGAGCACACCUGAAAAUUUAUCAGUGUUGCAUCAUAGUGGCUAAGGUGCUAGCUUCACAAUGCAGUCUGGAACUUGGUUCCUGGCUGGGUUAAACAAUGCAAAACAUCUCUCCUCAGAAGAGUAAAAAUCCCAAUUAGUAAGAAGGAAUUAAAAGGCCAUAAGCACUCUAAAAGCCACAAGGAAAGUGUGAAGAAUUAAUGAGCACAAAUAUUGCUUUACUGCUCUUACAUUCCAACAGCCUAACAGCAUUAGAGCUGCCUCAGGCCUGUCUGACUGUUUGAUUGGCCUGUUGACUCAGUUAAUGACUGCCCCCCGCAACCCCCCCCCCAAAAAAAAAAAACCUGUGCUCUCCAACAAGGAGACAGAUCAGAUAUAAAAACAAAAAACUGCAGAUGCUGGAAAUCCAAAACAAAAACAGAAUUACCUGGAAAAACUCAGCAGGUCUGGCAGCAUCGGCAGAGAAGAAAAGAGUUGAUGUUUCGAGUCCUCAUGACCCUUCCACGGAAUUCUGUUUUUGUUAGGGAGACAGAUCUGCCCUGAUAUUCCAAGGUUGUUCUGCGUACUGUGAAAUAAAGUGUCUUUGCUAUUUCUAGGAUUGAUUCCUCCUUUUCUCUGGUGGAACUUAAAAGCAAAAUACAUUUAUUUAUAAGUUCCAAAAAGAUAAAUAAAAAAACACAGUGACUUGAACCGGUGACAGUAAAUUGUGGGAGAUACAUUAAGGUAUGAUGCCUCCUAUUUGCCUACUAUUUUUGAGGGAUAUGAGGUUUUAUUUUUUGUGAAAUAAAUAACGCCUGACUGAAUAUAUUAGUGACGAUUGACUUGUUGCUAUCUUAAUACGAAGCCUAACAUUAAAAAGAGCAAUUGUGUUAACCAGCAUUUUGGUGUUAUAAUUCCUGUAAAUAAAUACAUGAGCUUUCUCAAGCAAUCUUUAUUUUUGCACAAUACUUGUCAUGAGACAGAAAAGUAUGUUUUUUUUUUUCAACAUUGCAAAUUGUCCUGAAAAGCCAUGAAAUAAAACUUUCAGCAUCAAA